AUGAAGCUUGUCAUAUCUGGAGCUACCGGAUUCGUCGCGACGGAGCUGAUCCGCCAAAGCCUGAGCGAUCCGACAAUAACUUCGGUGGUGGCCUUGGCUCGACGGCCGAUCACGGUGCCCGACAAUCUGGGUCCUGGAGCAGACACGUCAAAGUUGGAGAGCGUGGUUCUUGAAGACUUUGCAUCGUACCCGGAUCCUGUAAAGAAGCAAUUGGGGGAUGCAGAUGCUUGUAUUUGGACCCUCGCAAUCACUCCCAGCAAGUCCAAGACCGUGCCCUGGGACGAGGUCUAUCGAGUAUGCCAUGAGUACACCAUGGCUGGUCUUGAAGCAAUGUUCGAAGCCCGCAGCUCCGCAAGCAGAUCGACGCCCUUCCGAUUCCUGUACAUGAGCGGCGUGGCUGCCGAACGAGAUCAAACAAAACAACCCACAUUCAUGCCAAAAUACUGCUUGAUGCGCGGAGAGACCGAGAAUCGAGUCCUGGCUUUCGCGUCUUCUCAUCCGGGCGACCUUGAAGUCACCGUCGCGAAACCAGGACUGAUCACGCAACCAGGCAGUAUCCUUCACUGGCUGAGAGCCACAUUGGUCUGGUUCAUGAUUUCGCUGCCAAGCGUGAGCGUGGUGGACAUCUCGGCGGCCAUGUUGGAUCAAGUGUUGAAUGGGUUUGAGAAGGAUCCAUUGGAGAAUAAAGACUUGAUCAGAAUUGGUCAACGCGUGCUGAGUGAGAAGAAAGGCUGA